UAAUGUCGCCAAGAUGGCCGCGUCCUUCACAGGCAUGUUUUGGUUUCACUGAGGCGUCAGAUAAUGAAUAACAGUUGCAAGUUUACGAGCUACGCGACUGAAAGGGAAAAAUUGAGAGCGGAAACAUGGAGAGGCGAGAGUUCAUGGCGUCUCUGGUGGCAGGAGGCUGUGCGGGGAUGUGUGUGGAUCUGACCCUGUUUCCUCUCGACACAAUAAAGACCAGACUGCAGAGUCAGCAGGGUUUCUACAAGGCUGGUGGCUUUAGGGGCAUCUACGCUGGAGUCCCAUCUGCUGCUGUCGGCUCCUUCCCCAGUGCCGCUGCUUUCUUUGUCACCUACGAAUACACAAAGUCUCUUCGCGGCGCUGGUGGAGUGUUUGCAUUACCACAUGUGGCACCUGUCACUCACAUGCUGGCCGCCUCCCUGGGAGAAGUAGUGGCAUGUCUGAUCCGGGUACCCACAGAGGUGGUCAAACAAAGGGCCCAAGCUUCCUCCUCAUCCUCCACCUACAAUAUACUGCUGGCGACUCUUAGAGAAGAGGGUGUUCGGGGCUUGUACAGAGGAUAUGGCAGUACAGUUCUCAGAGAGAUCCCGUUCUCUCUGGUGCAGUUUCCACUUUGGGAAUAUUUAAAGACUCUGUGGUCAUCGAGGCAAGGUCACACGCUCUACUCUUGGCAGUCAGCAGUGUGCGGAGCUGUUGCAGGUGCGGUAGCUGCAUUUGUUACCACUCCUCUUGACGUGGCAAAGACCAGGAUCAUGCUUGCAAAGUCUGUUUGCUGGCAGCAUACCAAGGAUGACUUUCAUCAGCUUGGGCGGUUUCAUCUUCCUCGGAGCCUACGAGAAGGUCCGCCGCACUCUGCUAUAGCAGCACGACCUGUCACUGUCCCCAGUCCUGACCUGAUGGAGAGAACCAGAACAGCAGGGAAAGCGUCUCUGGAAGCGGAGGUCCCGGCACGCUGCUGUGCCCCGAGGAACGAGGUGCUCAGAGCAGAGCCGCUCACACGGUUGACAGCAUUACCCGGAGCGCCAAGUUCCUGCUUAUUGGCGGACUGAGUUGAUGAGCCGCUCAAACCACCACAGUAGUCUGUUGAAAUGAAGCUACACUGUAUCAUCCAAGAGAGCAGAGUCAUUGUAGGAGCAGUGACUUUAUGUUUAAUGUAUGUGUGAGUGAGUUAUGUUAUUAAAACUGUCUCUUUGUAUCUUUUGAGUGAGGCUUGUGUUUCCUUUGUCUCCCUGUGGAAUUUCCCUUCUUGGAUUAAUGAUCAUUUUAGUGUUUCAUCCAUGUUUUCUCCUCUCUAUUAAACUAAGCCACCUGCUUUAAAGACCCACCAGAGAGAUGCAGUAAUCUCUCACUAUUGUUCCAAUCCUGCUGGAAAAAAACUGACCUCAUCCACCUGAAACAGUGAACUCUUUAUUCAGUUAACAAGGCUUUCAGUUUAUCAGAAGGUGUGUUCUACCAAAACUUGACCUACAGCCAAAUUAAUUUCCGCUCCAGUAUACCAAAUAUUGUACAAGUAAAACAUUUGACAGCAGAGCUUUAGAGGCCAACAUGUCUCCUGUUUCUCUUUUGCCUUUGUAUUUCGGUUGCAGAUUAAUAGAAAAGUCAGCUCGAUCGGCUUCGUGGUUGUUCUGAGGUGCACUUAUCUGAAGCUUUUGUCAAAAACAAUCCGUACGUGUGAUUCUUUUUUUUUUUUAGAUAUUUUCUUUCGAAGUCUAAUCUGGCCUUCUUGUACUUGAGUGUAACCAGUGUUUUGAACCUUGUUGUAAACCCUCUGUAUUUACACUGAUGAAGGUG